AUGAGGUGGGAAAAGGGCGGUGUUCUGGGAUCUGCGGACCACGUUUCAGGUCCCUCAUUCCGCCAGGGCAGGGCGGCUGGCUGGGUGACCGUGGCUGCGUUUCCUUGCAAGCCGAACGACAAGAAUCCGCUCCUUGCAACCAACGUUGCGGAAUCCGAUCAAGCCCCUCGACAAACCCUGGACAUUGGUCAAUUUGAAGAGCCGCACAGUCUGGCCGUCCAGAUGCCGUCCACUCCGCGAAGAGUCUCUUUGAAGCGUCAGAGAGACGGAGAGGCCCAAGAUGCAGAGGAAGACAUCAAGCCGCGAGUGAAGGGCGCCGCUAAGGUCGAGGGCCCUUCAACACCAAAGCGCAAGGUCGUCAACGCCAUCGAGGGGACGACUCCGAGAACUAUGAAGAAACGGGAGCCGCUCAAUGCCAGAUUAGCCAACGCCGCGGGCUCACCGUCCUCGACACCACCACGCAAACCUGUGGCUAUCCCCGCUCCUGUAACGUCGGCUAGGAAGUCCGUCGCACCCAGAGCAUCGAUGGUCAACCAAGACAAGGUCGUCGUGUGUAUGCGUAUCAAGCCCACCAACUCUCGGUUCUCUACUAGGGCGUACGAGAUCACUGACAAUGCUUUGAUUCUGUCUGAUGCCCACCCCAACAUCGUUCGUCGAGGCGGAAAGGCAGCGGGGAGGGACGCUGAGUACACCUACACCUUCGGUGAGCGUCCCGCGACUGACAAGGUGGCACCGAUGGUUGAGAAGGCCAUGGCUGGGUUCAAUAGCACUGUCUUUGCUGGAAAGUCCUACACCAUGUCGGGAACGCCCUCGGAGCUCGGCAUUAUUCCGUGCGCGGUGGACGGCAUCUUCGAUGCCAUCACAGCCGACACCGAGCGUGCUUUCCUGCUUCGUGUCUCCUACAUCGAGAUCUACAACGAAUCGCUUCGUGACCUUCUGAAUAACAGACGGGGGCCGUUCAAUGGGGACGAUGCUGUACAACCCCAGAUUCGUACAGACAAGGUUUACGUCGACCCUCUGGAGGAGGGCAUCGUUUCCACCCCUCAGGACGUCGUUGACUUGCUGGAGCGGGGCAACCAGAAUCGCAAGACCGGUGCCACAGACUGGAACGAGCGCUCUUCUCGAUCACACGCUGUGUUCAUGAUCACGAUCGAGUCACGCCCUCGUAUAGGAGACGGGGAGGAGGACAUUCGCGUCUCGCGACUGUCCCUCAUUGACUUGGCCGGUUCCGAGAAGGCAGUCUCGGAUGCCGAGCGUCGUGGCGAAGGCAAGCACAUCAACCAAAGUCUUUUCGCUCUGCGUGAGGUUGUCCACAAACUCACUGAGAAGGGCAAGCGCGGCCACAUCCCCUACCGCAACUCCAAGCUCACCCACCUCCUGGAGAACGUCCUGGGCGGAGAUUCCAACAUUUGCGUGAUCUGCACCAUGUCGGCCGACGAGGCACACUGUGCUGAGACCUUGGAAACGUUGAAGUUUGCCGGACGCUGCUCUCAGGUCGAAACCAAGGCCAGGAAGAACAUUUCUUCGGAGGGCGCCGUCAUCAGGGCGAAGGACAUGGAGAUCGCGUCGCUCAAGCGCCAGCUCGAGAACCUCGGUCAGCAGCGCGCGGUCGAAAAGGAUUCCUCCACCUCCUCAACCGAGCUUAGUGAGCUCGCUGAGUCGGUCGCGGAGCUUGAAGCACGCAAGGCCAAGCUGGCCCAGCAAAUCUCGAAGCUCAAUGGCGAGAUUCUCACCAGCGAGCUGCCCCGCAGCAGCACUGGACUUCCCGCCUCCCCGCCCAAGAAGAAGCGACCUCGUAUCUCUGACUUCACAUCCACGUCUCAGGCUGCGAACCUAGGCAUUGGUCUGGGAACCCCGAGCAAGCACAUGGACCGCCGUGCCGUCUCGACCAUGAUCAGGGUUCCCGAGGAACGCUUCCAGGAGUUCCAGGAUGAGCCUUCUCCCAAGGACGUUCAGCAUUCGGUCAUGAUUGAGAAACUCGACCCUGAGAGAAACUUCGACCACGACGUCACCAUCGCCUCGCUGAGACGCACUAUCGCCACGAAGGAGGAAGCGAUCUCGAAGCAUGCCAAUAGCCUUGCCGAGUUGCAGCCUCUUGCUGAGAAGCUGCCGGAGGUCGAAUCUGAGUUGGAGGAGACGAAGGCGAGCCUGAACCGCAUGGAGGCCGAGCAUGCGAAGCAGCUGAAGGAGGCCAUGGACCAGCUCGACGAGCUGCAGAAGACUCGGACGGAGCUCACGGAGAGCGUGGCUGAGAAGUCGAAGCAGGUCGAAGCCCUCGAGACUAGCGUCGCCGACCUCAAGAAGUCGCACUCUGAUCUCUCCGCCGCAAACGCUGCUCAGCUCGCCAAGCUCUCUGCCGAGCUUGAAGCUGUCAAGGGCGAACGUGACGCCAAAGCUACUGAGCUGGAAAAGCUUGUCGCUGGACAUGAUAAGCAACUCGCCGACGCCAAGGCCGAUGUUGAUUCCCACCGCUCUCAGGUCGAGAAGCACGUUGAGCGCAUUACAGCUCUGGAGCAAGCAGAGACGAAGCUCAAGGAGACUCUCGUCAAGGCUCAGAAGGACCACGAAGCGUCUAUCGCGCAGUACUCUGCUGCUAAGGAGUCGGCCGACAAGACUGCGACCGAACUGGCCGAGCUGAAGGCUGAGAACGAGAAGAAGGAAGCCGACCACGCCGCCCAGCUUGGUGCAGCUUCUGAGGCUCAUGAGAAGGUCUCGAGCGAGCUCUUGAACGCCAAGGAGAUGCUUGGGAGCACAUUCGAGCAGCUUGCCACGACCAAGGGCGAGUACGAUCAACUGAAGAAGGAGCUCGAUGAAGCCGCGGACUCGCAUAAGAAAACAUCGACCGAGCUUGGAAAGAUCAAAGCGGCCCAUGAGAAGCUUACCGCUGAGCUCGAGGAGGCGAAGAAGACAGCAACAGCUGAUCUCGAAGCUGCCAACGCCUCUCUCGCAAAGGUCAAGGAGGAGCUGGCUUCCAAGACGGCUCAGCACGAGGGCUCGACAAAGGAGCUCGCUGAGAAGACGACGCAAUUCGACAAGGCUUCCGAGGAGAUUGCUGCCCUCCGAGACGGGGCCAGUGUGGCUGAGUCCAUCAAAGCAGAGCUCGAAGAGCACAAGAGCUUGCUUGAGAAGGAAAAGGCAGAACGCGCAAAGCUUUCUGAGGAGCAUGCUGUCGUCGUUACUCGAGCUGGGACCCUCACUUCCGACCUUGCAGCCUCGAAGAAGGCUCACGAGACGGAGGCUACAGCUCAUGUGGAGACCAAGGCUGAACUUGAGAAGCAGAGAGAGCGUCUGGCCGAGCUCGAGAAGGAGCUUGCCACUGCCAGGGCCGAGGUCGCAGCUGAGAAGACCAAGUUUGCUGAGCAGACCGCAACGCUUGAGGCGCAGAGAAAGUCAGCCGAGGAGGCUGAGGCGCAGGUCAAGUCUCUGAAGGAUGCGGCCAGCUCGAAUGCGGACGAAAUGUCGAGCAAGCUGGCCGAAGUCUCAUCUAAGCUCGACGCCAGCACCAAGGCCGCUGAGGAGGCUGCCGCCGCGCUCAAGAGCAGCCAGGACGAGCACGCCGCCGCAACAGCAGCUCUGGAGGCGGAAAAGAAGGCGCGUGACACUGCCGACAAGGAGCUUGUGGAGGUCAAGGCGCAGCACAUGUCGGCUGCCGGAGACCUCGUCGCCAACCUCACUGCCCUUAAGAAGGAGCUCGAGGAGGCCCGCGGACAACUCUCGAGCAAGACCGAGGAGCUUGAUGGCGUCGCGACACAGCUCACGGCCGCCAAGGCCGCUCUCUCCAAGAUCGAGAAGGAGGGUGCUGCUCAGCUCCGUGCUUUACAGGGCGAGCUCGACGCUGCCAAGGGCGACGUCAACGCCCAACGCUCGCGCGCUGACAAGCUCGCUCAGCAGCUCCUGGAGAAGGCUUGCACCUCGCCCUCGAAGGUGGCUGCCAACUCCAGCCGUGGCCUGCGCCGCGUCUCAUCGGUUCCCUCCGGCCUGAGUGCGUCCGCACUGGGUGCUCUCCGCGGGACCGGAGACAUGUCGACGCCGGACGUGGAGGGCUGGAAACGUAGCCACGCCACCGAAGAACUGCAACGCUUGGACAAGGUGGUGGUGCAGCAGAAGGCUAUCAUCGAGGAGCAGCGCGACAAGAUCCGUCUGUGGACGGACGAGCUCCAGAAGCAGCGGGACGUUGUGCGUUUGCUCUCCGAGACGAACGCCAGCUCGUCCUUACCUCCGAUUCCUGGCACGCCCUCGAAGGAUGGGUUCGAGGAGCCGACGACGCCGUCAAAGUACGGCCAGUUGUCCACACCACGCAAGAGCCAGCUUCCGAGCACAUUCACUGCGCGCAACCUGGCUCUCCCUUCCACACCCAGCCUGAACGCACCGAGCCCACUGCCCAUGCACACGGGUCAAGUGUCCAACGCACUGCGUAAGGCGCGUCGCGUCACACUCGAGCGCGACAUGGGCCGCCUCCAAGAGCGCGCCAAGGUCGCCAACAUGAAGAACAUGUUCGAUUCGCCGUCGGCCGCUGGCGGACACGGCGACGAUGAAAACAACAGCCCCCGUACGCCGGUCAAGACUCCCAGCACGAAGCGCAGAAGCUCAAGGCGCUAG